AUGAAGAUUCUCAUCACAGGCGCAGGCGGCUUCUUGGGCCAAUUCCUCGCCCGCGAACUGCUCUCCAACCCAGACCACAAGGUCGUUCUCACAGAUAUCAUCGAUGUGCCUGUGCCCAAAGGGGCCAAGAACCCACACAACGCAACCUGCGUCAAAGCAGACUUGCUGAAAGACCGCAGCGUGGUCACUCCGGACCUGGACGCGGCAUACAUCUUCCAUGGCAUCAUGUCGGCCGGUUCGGAAGCCAACUACGAUCUGGGCAUGAGUGUCAACCUAGAAUGUACGAGACUGCUCCUCGAGACCAUCCGAAAAGUUCGCCCCGGGCUGAGGGUCAUUUACUCGUCCAGCGGCGCCGUCUAUGGCCGGCCUCUCCCAGAGGUGAUCACGGAAGACGUGCUCCCGACGCCAGAAGGCUCCUACGGUGCCGCCAAGUUCAUGUGCGAAGUCCUCAUCAACGAUAUGACCCGACGAGGCUACAUUGAUGCAUUCGUCAUCCGAUUUCCCACCAUUACCGUCCGACCGGGAAAGCCAGCCCCGGCGGCGUCUGCGUUCAUCUCCGGGAUCAUUCGCGAGCCCUUGGCGGGCAAGGAAUGUAUUUUGCCUGUCAAAGACAGAGCGUUCCCGAGCCACGUGUGCUCGCCCAAGACAUUGAUCCACAAUCUUGUCUACACACUCACCCUCCCCUCGGACGCUCUGCCGAGUCACAAGCGUGUUGUCAACGCGCCAGGGCACGUGGUCACGAUCCAAGACAUGCUAGACGCGCUGGCCAAGGUCGGCGGCGAGGACAAACUACAGUACGUGAAGGAGGAACAUGACGAGCCGAUCGCGAAGAUCCUGUACACGUGGGCGGUCAAGUACGACAACUCAUUAGCGUAUAAGCUGGGGAUGAAGAAGCCGGAUAGUUUCGAACAGUCAGUGCGGGAGUAUAUUGAGUACAUGAAGGAGCAAGAACAGUUGUCCUAG